GGGACUGGCGAGCGGAUGAGCGAAAUGCGCUGGCAAUGGCAGCUGCCGAUGCUGCUGAUGGCUCUGCGCCUGGCACAUGGCGAAGGCACGACAGCAACUGGAGAGCAGGAGGACGAGGCGGCCAAGUUUUUCACUCGCCUGUACAAGCGAAAUCUGCAGCAGCUGGUGACACUGAGAAAUGCGAGCGCGGAUCCCUGUGAUGAUUUCUAUGCACAUGCGUGCGGCAACUUCGGACAGCUGGAGCAAGCGCCUGAUCCAGAUGAUGCACUGCCUCCGUUUUUGUACAACAUGCAGGAUCGCAUGCAGUUCUUUGAGCUGUACUAUGAAAGGUUUGAAACUCUGCCGGGCAAGCUGCUGGCUGAGCUGUAUGGCGAGUGCAGGAUGCGAGGGCAGCAGCACACCCACCUGGAGCACAUGCUGGAGCAGGUGCCGUUUCUAGCUGCCCACCAGGAGGUGCUCACCGGCUGGCCCUUCCUGCGCCACCAAUGGCAGCGCCGGCAGCUGGACGAGCAGCUCAACUGGAUACAGCUGGCCGCGCAGCUGGCGGCGCACGGUCUGCCCACACUGCUGCACAUUUACUUUGCCGAGCAGGCCAUCUAUGUGGCGCCUAUAGCGGAGCUGCCCUGCCCCAGCCAGCGGCAGUUUCAGGUGAGCAUGUCGGACGUGCUAGCAGGCCGCCAUACCCAGGUGGGGCACAUUGUGGCGCACGAGAUGCGCAUGCUGUGCCGCGGGAUGCGCGGUGAGCUGCCCCUGGCCACCAGCUUGGCCGAGGGCAAGCGAGGACGGCAGAGCACGCCGGCGCCGGGACAGGAGCAGCUGGAGCUGGAUGACAAUACCAUGGACUAUAUGCAAACGUUCUUUGGCCUGCUGAACUUUACGGCGCAGCAGCUGGUAACGGCUCGCAAGCUGCCCCUGGAUGUGGCGCACAUCACGCGGGCGUGGAGCGUGCUGCGCCAGACGGAGCCGCGCAUCGUCUACAACUAUGUGCUGUGGCAGGCGCAGCAGCGCUUGGCCUACGGGGACUGCUACGAGCUGGCCACGGAGUUCGAGCGGCUGCUGCACGCCGAGUACUGGCAGUGGCACGUGCUGGCGCCACAGCUGACGCGGGACGUGGCCUUGGCCAUGUACCAGCUGCACACGACGCGCUUCCAGAAGCGCCGGCGCUCCACGCUGGGCAGCCGGGACUGGUACGGGCAUCUGUGGCCGGCGUCUGUGGAGCGCCGUGAGCUGCAGGUGGCACGGCUGCUGCAGGCGCAUGCGCAGCACUAUCUGAACAUCAGCGAGCUGACGUCGUGGUAUGGCCAGGUGCACUUCCGGCCGUAUCACUUCUACGGCAAUCUGCUGCAGCUGCGACACGCUCAGCUGCGGCACAGCUUCCAGUCGGCCUAUGUGGAUGCAGAGGACGUGCAACAGUCCGCCUACUUCCUGCGCCACUUCCUGCACUUUGUGCUGCUGUCGCUGCAUCGGCCCAUGUAUCACUACUACGCCACGCAGGGCCUGGAGCUGUGGCGCGACUCUCGCCUCCUGCAGGACACCGACGGCUACUACACGGCGCUCGACUGCCUGGAGCGACAGACGCAGCAGCUCUACGACGCCCAGCAGGCGGCCAUCUAUCGCCCCUUGAGUGCGCAUGAGGUGGCCGAUGUCUUUCACUUCCAUCGCUCGUUUCAGGCCGCGCUGCGGGAUUAUCGCUUCUGGCUGGAGGGCGAGCGAUUCGUCUUUGCCGAACAGUUUGUGCUGCAGUACUUCGGCCUCGACGAACAUCGCGUACUCUUCUAUGCGGUUGCCCAGCAGCUGUGCAACCGCCAGGACGAGAUCUUUGCGGCCCAGCUCAAUCGGGGCUACAUGAAUCUGCCAGAGUUUCAGGCUGCCUUCAAGUGCGGGCCGGAGGCACAGAUGAAUCCGCCGGCUAAAUGCAUGAUCAACCGAUGUGAAUAGCCAAUUGGAAUCUCUGAGAAUUUAUGUUAUUUAAG